UCUGCGGAAUUGACUUGCUAUACGUAUAAGCGGUAAUUUUUUACCGUUUUAAUAAACGCAAAACUAAUUUAGUAAAAAAUCUUCAACGUCGCAGAAGAAACGUCAUUGAAUGGUAUUCGAGUUACAAACAAUUAAUGCAGGCAACCGUAAGUGAGCUAAGCAAUGGACAUAUUCCUAUUGAUGUAAUGGAAUUCUAAAACAUCCUUGAUUGUCUGCUUUUAAUGGAUAGUAAAAAAAAGUGGCCCUGUACAUGGUGAUGUUUAUGAAAAACCUAAAUGUUAGAUAUUAAUAUAAGCCAUGCCUUUUUUCUUUGACACUUGAUCAAUGGCAAAUGAAUGGAUUCGCUAGUGUGCGUGUGAUUCAAGGCAACCCGAAUUACAUGAAUUGAGUAUUCUUGAAGCAAUGACGUUGGUGUAAGAAGAAAACAUUCAACAGCAAGUGAGUAGAACGUAAACAGUGAUUUUUCUCUAGUGCAUCGAUUUAUGAUUUGUGAAGCUGUUACAUCCAAUACGAACAGUGCCCAAAAGCAUAACUAGAAUGAAAUAACUGCUGGGAACAUGAAAGUAACGCGACAAUUGUCGACGGGUCCCUUCAUACUAUAGAAAUCAUGUGUGUGGGUAUGAAUGAAUCUACGAUAGUAAAGUUUCGCCAUCUUAUAUGUAUUCGCGCAAAUCUCUCGUCUUCCAAUUGGAAUCAGUCGUCAGUCUACUCUUUCAGACCAGUGUCGUCAUAAAUGUUUUUCAUGCGCGAUGUAGAGAGACGAGUUGGAAGUAUGUGGAAAGCACCUUCGCAUUGAAUAAUGAUGUUCUGAAACUGCGGAUAAAAGUGUAAUGUUAAAUACCGUGACAUAAGGUAUCCGAAUUGCGACGGGAAAUGUGAAAAACCACCUUAAAAAUGAGUGAAAACUUUGCGGCAGCUGCGGCCGCUAAACAAAUGCCAAUUGAGAAGCUAGUGCGUGUUGGAUAUUACGAACUUGAUAAAACGAUCGGAAAAGGCAACUUUGCAGUAGUAAAACUAGCGUCUAAUGUUAUAACUAACUCUAAGGUUGCAAUAAAAAUAAUCGAUAAAACAUGCCUCGACGACGAAAAUCUUGCGAAAACGUUCCGGGAAAUAUCAAUACUGAAACUGCUGCAUCAUCCCCACAUAACGCGCCUAUACGAGGUGAUGGAAUCACGUAACAAAAUCUACCUGGUGACAGAACAUGCGGCAAAAGGCGAGAUUUUCGAUCAUCUGGUAGCGAACGGACGAAUGAAGGAAGAAGAAGCCGCUCGAAUCUUUUCGCAGAUUAUUUCAGCUGUUCAUUAUUGUCAUAGGAAAGGAAUUGUCCAUCGGGAUUUGAAGGCUGAGAACGUUCUGUUAGAUAAUGAAAUGAAUGUGAAAUUAGCUGACUUUGGAUUCAGCAAUACAUUCUCCGAAGGAACUCCGUUGAGGACGUGGUGCGGGUCGCCGCCAUACGCGGCACCAGAAGUGUUCCAAGGUGUGGAAUACGAUGGCCCUAAAUCGGACAUAUGGAGCUUGGGAGUUGUACUGUACGUACUUGUAUGUGGUGCUCUUCCUUUUGAUGGUGCAACGUUGCAUGACUUACGAAGUGUCGUAGUUGCGGGAAAAUUCCGUAUCCCAUUCUUUAUGUCACAAGAAUGCGAACAUUUGAUACGACAUAUGCUGGUUGUGGAGCCUGAAAAACGAUACACACUCAAGCAGAUAGCGAAUCACAAGUGGCUAGAAGUUUAUAACGCUAUCCCAAUGCUUGACUCUGGUUCCUACCCGAUUACAGAAGGCGCAAAUUUAGACACAGUCGUCAUGACCCAUAUGCUUCAACUUCCCGGCCUUACGGCCGAUAUGAUUGCACAAUCUGUCCACGAAAAUCGAUUCGAUCACAUUUAUGCAAUAUAUUAUCUUCUGGUGGACAAACUGAAGCAAAAACGAAAAGAAAAAAGCCGAUUACAGCAUCAUGCAAGCUUAGCAUAUUCGCGUUCACGAAAGACAAGUAUUACAACCGGUAUUGUAGACAGAACAGAAGUUAUAAAGAAUGACUCAUUCGAGCGGCUAAGUCCACUAACUAAUACUGGAUCAACGAUCCUAAGUAUGUCAACAAGUCUCGAACCGACAGAGGAAUUAGAAAAAUAUGAUCUCGAAACAGCAAAUAUCGCUCGAACUCCGGAAUCAAACGAUCAUUUGUUCCCACCUAGUUGUGCUAAUACCUCUGCUACUAGAAGGCACACAGUAGGACCAGGAGACAUUGCUCAUGAACAAUCCUUAGUUAAUCCGAAUGCCCCGAUAUACUUCAAAGCCGGAUCGGCCGAACAACAAGCUCCUACACAAAACGUACCCAUUAACAUACCAAUGCUGCAGAACCAACCGAUCCACAACCUAACUAUCAAAGACCAACAUUUGCUUAAACCUCCAACAGUAAUGGGUGCAACAGGUGCCUUUGGAAGACGCGCAUCAGAUGGAGGAGCCAACUUGCACAUCUACUAUCCAACUACGUCCAACUUCAACGAGCAACCAGUUGGAGAACCUUCAUACAGUGGUCAAGCAGGUCAGGCAUUGGCAACCGGGGGCAUUUCUGUUCUAAACGAUUAUCCAAUGCCUGUCGUGACCAUGGUGGAGCCCACUGAUGACACCAAUGACGAAAUACAAAGAUAUAUGCAUGGACGAGGGUGCACGAAACGACACACCGUGGGAUGUACAGACGAUCUAUCGACCGGCAACUCAACGCCAAUGGAUCCACCGCAAGCGCAUUCACCGGCACCUUCAACGACAGUAGGCGGUGGUGGUGGCGGGAGGACACGUCGUACUGGGUUGCUUACAGUUAUGGAAAGGCCUCCAGUGAUUAGUCCCGAUUUGGUGCGUGAAGUAGAGGCACGAAUGAACCGAAAUUAUCUACCCCCAUCGCUAAUGACCCCAACAAAUCCGCUGAUGCCUGUGUUACCUGCUCACAUGCCAGUUUCUGGAGUAGCUAGUACAGGGACUCUCAUGAUGGGGUGUGUGCCGGGAAUGAAUCCUGGUCCCCAAAACACCGCGAAUACCGCGUUGGUGGGUGGUUUUGGAUUACUACCUGCAGGAUUAGAGCCAAAUUCUCCACCAAUUGUGCCAGGUCCCUCUUUACAACAACCCACACCGACACAACCUAAUGCUACUUGCACUACUGCACUGCAAAAUAUUUGUAGCAGACGCUUCGCCAGAGCAUGUAAAUUGCCUACCGUACAGGAGAUUGGUCGCUAUAGUCCCGUUCGACGGGCAUCGGAAGGCUCCAAGAUCAACACACAAUUCCAAGGACCAUUCCAGGAGUGCCAGCAACUCCAAAAAGGCCUCAACGUUGGCACUCAACAACGAAACCAGUUGAUAACACCGAGUCCUCCCCUGGCCGAUAACUCAGUGAGUUUGCCCGGAUCACCGAUGCACUGCAAACCAUUCGAAGAUAGAUCUCAACGGGACAUAACACUGCCCCAUGAUAUGAUGUUGUCUAUCAUACCUGGGCUGGAAAAACUGGUAUUAGAGAAGCGUAUUCAAAUAGAUUCAGCCAAAAAUAUUAUUAGUACUCGAACGGUACCGUUCGAAGUUCGCCAACAGUUGGGGUUAUUUACUCACUCAAUUAAUCCCGAUCUGGGUCACGCACUACAACAGCAAUUACAGCAUAGUCAAAGUGUCUCGCCGCUAUCUGCACGAGCAGGCGCUAUUCAAACUAACAACUUUUCCAGCAAUUGCGCUGGUACCCCAAAUUAUGGAUACUAUGGUGGGCUACCUUAUGCUUCGUUUGGAAUAGCGGGAAAUAUACCUGGGUUAAACUUCCCAGGAAGUAAUAGCAAUAGUGGAUGUCCCUCUCCGGUGUAUUACAGCGAAUGUCCGUCGCCUAUCUUACCCGGGCCCUCAGGUACAGCCGGUACAGGUGGUACAUCCCCAAUGCACCAAAUAACACGCGGUAUUAGUAUUAUGAACACUGGGGGAAGUACAACGUCCGCUGCGGGUGGUUCUAUCACUCGGGGAACUUCCGCAGCAUUCCCGGUGGCAUGCAAUGAACCUCUAGAUCUUAGUAUGGAUGUAGUGAAUAGUUUAGACGCAGAUUAUCACAGGAACAACUACACGAUGAAUCCAUCUGUUACUGGCUGUUCUUCCCACAACUAUUUCGAUAUGAAAAACUUUAGUCUCAUGCCUCCACAACAGAUACGUCUGUCAGCAACGCCACCAACUUCACCGAAUCUUUGUAUAAUACAGGAAGAGAAUCCUAACGCUACGUCGUUUCAGUGUGGUGUGCCGUACAAGAGCCAGUCGGCUGGUGGAUCCCCGGAGGAUCUAAGCUUUCAGCAUACUCAUCCGCAGAUAUGCCUAACAGAUGUACAAGGAAGUGAAAUUACGCUAGUAGCUCUAUCGGAUUCCAGUCACGAUAGUGAUGAUUCGCUCAACUGCCAGAGUUCAGGGUUAGGAUUUCAGGGGUUGCUAAUAUCGGAACCGUCCAGUGAUAUGCCUUCUAUCACUCGUGGCGUCGGUAGAAAAGCUAGUCUUGAAACCGAGAACAAUUCAACGUCCACGUCGGCUAAGCUCGACACGGACACUAGCGAUUCUUACGCUCGUCGGGGUAGCGACAAGUCAUUAGGGUUCAGCGACGAUAGUCUCAGCAACGAUUCGAAUCAUUCAAAUCAUUCGCCUAGUCUAGAGCCAUCCACUAGUUCGGGUUUCAAAAGCUGCGAUUCUCAUUCCGAACAAGAUGCCCGACUCAGCCCGGACUCACUGUGUGAUACGAGAACGAUCAACAAGGAUGAGUGCUUCGAGCUGCAGCUGCCUCAGGAAUGUUCCACCCUAGAUUCUUCUCGAAUAUUGGAAAUGGUAAAGCAGAAAAUCGAUCUGCAGGUGCCCCCGAUGGGUUGUGUAUUCAAUGCAGCCAAAAUAGAUCCCACCGGUGGCGGGGGUCAAUACAGUGGAGAUCACAUGGAAAAAUCCAUAGCUACAGUCGACAAUUCUAACCUUAAUUUAGAGUAUUCCGGUGGUUUGCAGAUCGAACUACAAGUGUUCGAAGGACGCAUGAAGGAUAGCCACAGCGGAAAGGCAAUAAAACUUCGGCGUAUAUCCGGCGAUCAAAACGAAUACGGUAAACUUUGUCAACAGUUAAUUACUUCGCUGACCGUUUGAAAGAAUUAUCCCGUUCAGUAGAUAUUAUAAUGUCGUGUUCUUCUACUACCUUCAUUGUUUUUCCAUACUUUUGCCAUGUUUUAACUGUUGGCGGACCAACGGCAAAAUAGGAACAACUACGCAGCGGAAAUGGGAAAAUCAAAUAGAAAAAAACGUAAACGCGGAGACUACUUUUCAAUACGUCUUUAUUGAACUGAGCGUUACUAUGGAAUUAAAAAAUGCUUCUUCGUUUCCUGUUCUGCUGUCACUGUCAGGAGUGGAAUAGCCUCCUGCGUAUACUGUAAGGGUGUUUUCCCGUAGCGACGACGGGGGUCCCCAAUGUUCCUCCUCGUGGAUUCAACCCUGGUGUCCUUCAUAAUCCGGUACCGAAACCAGACCCAACACCAUUACGAACCUCUUUACCUUCAACGACCCCAGGGGUUUAGUGAGGAUGUCCUCGAUUAGGUCUCCUGAUGAACAAAAUUUUAGGUUGAUCAUUCCAGACGAACACAAAUAAUUGUAAUGAAACCGUGUGUCUAUAUGCUUAGACCUCUUCUUCUGGUAGUCGAGAGAGACAAUGUUCAAGCAAGUUCUUUUGUCCUCGAAAAUAAUCAUUGCGUUGAUCUGCUUCUGGUUCAUUUCUUCCAACAGCGAUCGUAGCUGCUCCGCCUCUGACAAGGAAACGUACUCGGCUCACUGUAUGACUUCCUGUCGACCGUGUCUUCCGCCCAGUCUGCGUCACAAUAUCCUGUCAAUUCCAACAUCUUUUUCUCCUUCCCACCCAACCUCAACCCGUUAUCGAUAUACAAUACUUGCGACUGUAUGUUGCAAGGUAGAGCAAACAUCCGAUUAGCUUGUCGUAGUUCAGGUUAUCCUUAAGCUUCUCGCUUUCAAGUCUCAGCUCGAAAUAGUUCGAGCCCAUGGGAUAUUUCGAACCUUGAACCCGAUCUACUUGAUAAAGUGGUAUUGCUUCAGAGAGUAAAAUCCGUUAUCCUUGAUUACUCGCAUCUCCAGGAACCAUUGGAUGUCCCCGAUUCACAUUGGCGAAUGUGGUUACAAGCCUGACCUGGAACCUGUUGACACUAGCCGCAUCCAACUUUUUCUUAAAAAAUCAUUUGCAGCCUAUGAUGUUACAACCAUUCGGAGGAUCUACAAGCUCCCAAGUGUGGCUUAAAAUUCAGCUAGUCCUCUUCUAGCUUAGCCUCUGUUCCUCUGAGCCACAAAAUGCGAGGUGUGCAGAUUACGCGAAUAGAAAAGAGAAAUAGGCUCUUUACUGGACGCAUUCUGGUAGGCCAGAUCAGGUAGAGCACAUAAGGAGUGUGCGCCUACUGAUGUGAUCCGGUGGUACCACGUCACAUGGGGUUUUUUGGCCGGGCGGAGCCAAAUGGGGAAGGAAAAUGGAGGGGAAAAAGUGGAUUGUUGGUAUAUUCGGAUAUGACCGAAUGUUAUUCGGCCCCUGUAUACUCACCACAGCUCCAGGUCCUUCUGGUUGUGCUGAUCCUUGGCGGUGGUUCUCGCUGGCGCUCCUCUGGCUCCGUUGGUGACCUCUCCUUCAUGGUUGUGAUAUUGUUGAUUCAGACAUUACUCGGUUGAUUUAGUUUCUGCCACGGAGAUUCUGCUUUCGUGGUCCAAUUGAGAGUUCACCCGGCGAGACGUGCACCGAUUAGGUAUUGCCCUCCAACGUAACGCGCAUCCCGUCACAGCUACUCACAUUUUUCCAUUUUUUCAUCAUUUUUCAGAUCAGGCGUUGUCAGCACGCUGGUCGGCCCUCCACUUCUGCUGCAGCUUAGAAAUAAUAUGUGUGAUGGCGCUGUUCACUACGUUCUAAGUGCCCUCUUCACGACACAUUUCCUCCACGAUAUUCCCCGCAGGAAGGGCAAGCAGCUUGCGGUAAAUCUGGGGCAUACGAAUACGACGUGUUUCGGGUUCCACCACAUCUCUACACUCCGGACAGAGUGGCGACCUUGCGUGCCCGAGUCGGUGUAAAUGUAGCCUGAAACUGCCACGUCCGGACAGGAACUGCGUCAAGUAAAAGCUCACCUUUUCGUGCUUCCUGUUCAACCAGGUCGAUAGUACCGGUAUGAGCCCAUACGUCCACCUGCCGUUCUCCGCCGUGCUCCAUUGCUGCUGUUUCCCUUUCGUAUAUAGCAUUCACCGUCUUCCGCUAGAAGGAUUGGCAUCACAUGCAUGCCGGCGAUAACGCAUACUGAUUCCAACGAGAUCGUCCUGUACGCGCUCACAACUCGUAUUGCCAUGAGCCGAAAUGUACGGUUCAGUUUUCUGCAAUUCCGCUGAGUUCCGAGAGCCGCAGUUAGUUAUCACGACUUUGCUGUCACUCACUAACAGAUCUUCCGUUUUAAUAUGACUAAUAUGCAGUUUCGCUACGUGCAUUCAGUUCCCUACCAUGACAAUGGACUCAUUUGCAAGCAUCUUCACUUCUUCAAGGGUCUCGCCUGUCACUGUGAGAGCGAUAUCAUCCGCAAAGCCCACGAUCUCCACGCAUUUGGGAAGCUUCAAUGACAGCACACCGUUGUACAUUACAUUCCACAGCAUUGGGUCCAGGAUAGAGCCUUGUGGUACUCCGACCGUUAUCUUCAUCGGCACUUGUUCUCUGCUAGUCUCGUAGACUAGAUCGCGGUUCUGGAAAUAGCUCGCUAUAGGAUUCUGCCAUAGGAAUUUAUGUAGCUUUUUUUUGCGAUGUAUUCACCUCCACAAUCCGAUUGAAGCAGUCGUGGCGUCUUUCCAGCUUGAGUUUUGCAAAAUGCCACAAAUUCACGUAUCUUGUCCGCAGCUUCGGAUUUCUGUCGUAAAAGAAGCACGAACGCCAUCCGAGUAAAAUCAUCUCCACUCACCAUCGAACAGCUGAUGUUAGUGUGCACCAGGUCCAACAGCUCCUUCGAUCCACGAUCGGCUGAGUUCCGGAAAGGGGGGACUGCGCCAUUAUCGCAGUCCACUAUCUUCGACUCAAGUUCCUGUCCAUUCGCAAAAAUCGUCUUUCCAACGUCGGGAUCACGAUGGCCUAGCAUACGGUGCCAAGUAUACUCAUAAUCUAAAGUAUGAGAUGGCUGCAAACUCAUCAAUGCCUGCUUCGCAGUCAUUCUCACUAAACAUUAUUUGAAAAGUUUUACUACUCACUGACACAAGCGUACUCGUCAGUUUCGGUAUGAACAGCACAUCCUCCACGGCUAUUUUGACCGCAUCACCAUGUCCAUUGAUAAAAAUGAUCGUCCCAUUACCGAUACCUUCUACUUCCGCCUUCUCACCAUCAGCCAGCGUUACGUACAUUCCCUUCGUCAGUUUGAUACUCUUGAAGCCCUACCGAUCGCCUGUCAUAUGCCGCUAUGCACCGUUGUCAGCGAACCAACUAGCCGACUCACCCUGACCGACGAUCAAAGUAACCGGUCGCUCCUUAAUGCUUUGCACUUUCUACGCAUUGGGAUCUGUCAUCUGCGGACUAUUUUCUUUUUUCUUUUUUAUUUCCGGGUUCCUUCUGCAGAAGACGGCAAUUCCUCUUUAGAUGCAUCGUUUUUUGCAGUGUUAGCACACACGCUUCGACGAUUGUUAUGAUGCUCCGUUAGAAAUGCUUUUCCGCCAUUAACCACAGCCUCUCCGGAUCGUUCGCGUCUCUUCUCAGCUUCUGCCAGUAGUCUGGAUUUCACUAACUCUAGCGAUAGUUCAUCUGCAGACCGUUGAUCCAGAACAGUUACCAAAGCAUCGUAUGACUCCGGCAACGAGCAGAGUAGCAUCGUAACUUGCCACUUUUUGGGAAUCUGAUCAUCAAUGCUCGCAAUGCGCGGCAGCAAACCCUUUGUCGUGAUAAUUUUUGAUGGCCUUCCAGGCAGUUUUUGCACCAGUACACGCACGAACUAAGCUCGUUUGGCUGUCAUCAACGCACAGACCAAUAGUAGCACGAGAUGUCAAAUCCACCUUCGUCCAUGCUUCUGUCAUCGGCUUCGUUUCCGCGUCCACAAUCACACUUCAAAGCUUUUCCAUAAAAAAAAGCAUCUCCAUUCACAUACUGCAAAACGUUGUUCGUUGGCCAUAUCCUUUUUUUCUUCCGCACUCACGGGUAAACCAAGACGGGUCUAUGGUACUAGGUGAGGCCGUUUCGUCACUAAGUUGGUUAGGGGAGCGGUAUAUGAGAACAGUACGGAAGAAAGCAGAAGGGGAAUUAUUUGCUUGUAGCGUGAAAGAAACAGACUGAUCACGAGCGAGCUUCGGCACUAGCGUAUUAUGUUUUGUUUACAAACAAAACACAGUAGACUUCCAAGAUGGCUGAAGAGUGGUUUUAGCAAGUUGGCCCACCUUAGGAUAUACUUCUAGGCGCCUUGGGGUAAACAACUAACACUCGCGACGAAGAACGCGACUUGCGUAACGCAGUUUAUCGAAAUUUUCACUUCUACUCUGGGCCCAUAACCUGUUGGCAGACCAACGGCAGAGUAGGAACAACUACACAACGGAAACGAGAAAAUCGAAUAGUAUAAAACGUAAACGCGGAGACUACUUUUUAAAAGUCUUGAUUGAACUGAGCGUUUCUAUGGAAUGAAAAAAUGCUUCGUUUUCCAUUCUGCUGUCAUUAUCAGAGGUGGGAUAGCUCUCUGUGCAUACUGUAGGGGUAUCCACCCCUACACGUACCCGACGACGAGGGGUCUCCAAUAUUAACAAGGUACUCUAAAAACUUUCGAUCGCCAACGAAGAGACAUUUCCAAUUCCUUUAGUCUUAGGAGUUUUCCUGAUUCAAAGCUCUAAAGAAGAAGCGGCUGAACAAUUCGAAACGGAGCUUUGCCUCAAUAACAUGCUAAAAUAAUCGACACACUGAACAUUUUAAACCGGAAUCGAGGCAAUA